UGCCAACAAAACACAUCAAACAUGUACGUAAUGUAUCAGUCUGAGGUAGUGGGAAAAUUGGAAAAUUUCAUUUCCAUGGCCUACUUUUCCAACAAUAAAGGUUAGUGUAGUAAUUUUCAUAAGGUCCUUCUUAAUCCCUCUCCUUUAUAAAUUCAACCCAUUUCUGCCACCACUAGAAAAAAAACAGAGAAGAAGAAAAACAGAGAAGAUGCAGGGGAAGAUGGUAAUGAGCUUUUUGAUGGUAGUGCUGCUAAUUACCUGCUUGGUGGGUAGUGGGAGCGCACAGGGUGCGAAUAAUGUGAGAGCAACUUACCAUUUGUACAAUCCACAGAAUAUCGGAUACGAUUUGUUGAGGGCUAGUGCCUUCUGUGCCACAUGGGACGCAAACAAGCCCUUGGAAUGGCGUAGCAAAUAUGGUUGGACCGCUUUCUGUGGACCUGUUGGUCCUCGUGGCCAGGCUGCUUGUGGCAAAUGCUUGAGGGUAACGAACACAGCGACAGGAGCUCAAGCAACAGUGAGAAUUGUGGACCAAUGCAGCAAUGGUGGGCUUGACUUGGAUGUUAAUGUCUUUAACAAGAUUGACACCAAUGGUAGAGGCCAUGCUCAAGGCCAUCUCAUAGUCAACUAUCAGUUUGUCAACUGCUAAGAGGCUAUAAUAUCUAAACAAUAUGAAAACUAUAAUAAAUAAUUAAAUAUUGCGCUCUUCUUAGAAUCUUAUAGUAGUGUUAGCUUUAAAUGCAAACUUUUGACUAUUUGGGAGAAAUAAAUGAUAUUUUAAUUACAUGAA